UUUUUUAAAAAGAAUUAUGGAGCUUUCACAGGUUUUGGAGAAAACUUUUUCUUCAGAUUCGAAAGAUCAACAGUAUGCUCUUACUCUUUUGCAGCAGGCAAUGACUGGAAAUUUUCCUGAGUAUGUCAAGCAACUUGCCACAAUCCUCGCAAAUGUUGAUUCCCCUCAUUAUAUUCGACGUGCUGCUGGACUUCAAUUAAAAAAUGUGUUAGCUUCUAGAGAACAAUCCUUUUUUGAUAAAAAUAAAUUGAGAUGGUUAUCUGUACCUUUAGAAGUACGCCAAUAUGUGAAAGAAUGUGUUUUAAAAACGCUGGGAACUGAAGUUAGGCCUUCAACUGCUGCCCAAUGUGUUGCUGCUAUUUCUUGUAUUGAAUUUCCGAUAAGGCAAUGGCCAGAGCUUAUUGACCGUCUAAAUGCUAAUGUAACAACUAAAAGCGACAAUCCCUUAUUAAAAGAAUCCUCAUUGGAAGCUCUAGGCUAUAUCUGUCAAGACUUGACAGACAAACAAAAAGUCGCCCCAGUUUUGGCCGCAAUCGUUUAUGCCCUCAAAACAGAAGAAACUUCAGUUUUUGUUAGUUUGGCAGCAACUAAAGCUUUGUCUGAAAUUGUUGAAUGGGUAGUUACUCGAACUUUGGAAGAACAUGUUGAUGCUAUUGUGGAUGUUUUAUGUGCUUAUUUACAAACUGCUGAAAUGAAUUUAUACGAAGAAGCAGCUAAAUGUCUUUAUAAAAUAGCUUCUAGAAAAUGUGCAAAAUCUAUUGAAACACCAAUUGUUGUUAGUUUAUUUAGAGAUGCUCCAAUGCAACGAAUUUUGACGGCAGCUAAUUUAGGUUUUUUUCUUAAAUUUUUAAAGUUUUGUGGACUAAAGAAAUUUCUUUUAGCAGCAGCAGAUAGUUCUACAAGUUGUGAACAUUAUAAAUAUUUAAAGGCUCUACUAGAUCUCUUAUGUGCAUUGGGUAUUCAUUUAUCAGAAGUUUGGACUUAUGUAAUGAAACCUCCACCUAAUUUUUCACUUUAUAUUUCUGCUUUGUCUGCAUUUUUUGUUCAUCCUUCAAUAGUUUGUUUUUGA